AUGGCAGCUUCUACCUAUCUCAAUCGAUUUUCAAUCAAGAAAUUAUCAGUUACUACCCUUCCCGUUCCUCUCGCUAUUCAUGGCUUAGUUGGCUUCUUUUUGUUGUACAUAAUUUUUGAUUGGGGAAGAAAAUUUUUGAAUUUCUUAUCCCAAUCACAAAAAUCCAAAUCAGAAAAAGGCAAGAAUAAUAAUACAUCUCAAAAUGUGUCUUUUCUGUUAGUUGAUGGAAGUUUAUGCACAGAAGAAGUAGAACAGAUAAUGGGUAAAUUGGGAAUUUUUUGUAACCCAGAAGGUGAUAAACUUCAUGAGAGGUUCGAUUCCGACAAUUUUCGCGAUUUGUUUGGAGAUAAAGAAGAAGAAGAAUAUGAUAAUGAUAAUAAUAAUAAUAAUAAUAUGCAGGAAUUAGAAGAAGCAUUUGAUGUAUUUGAUGAGAACAGAGAUGGUUUCAUUGAUGAAAUAGAAUUGCAGAGAGUUUUGUGUGCUCUUGGAUUUAACGAAGCUGCAGAAUUGAAGAAUUGCAGGAAGAUGAUCUUGGCCUUUGAUGAAAAUGGAGAUGGAAAGAUCGAUUUUGAGGAAUUUGUAGAGAUGUUCUAA